GCAAGAUUUACGGUUGGCAUCCAAUUACUCGACUUCCCCGAAGAGGCUGCUUGUCACUCUGCUUUCAGAUGGGAACUUCCUACAUUCUGACUUGAGACAAGGCCAUGCCGAAUGACUUCAGACUACAACAGAACUCUUCUACAUCCAACGGGAGCACAGAGAAUAAGGCGGGAGUUAAUGUUGUCGUUUCUUUCAUCCCAUGCGUCAUCUUCCUCUACAUAAACUGUGUGAUGCUGUACACACUGAGAAGCAAGCCUGUGUUCCGUGAGACCUCCCGUUACCUCCUGCUCUACAACCUCCUAUUGGCUGAAACCUUACAGAUGGCAUUGGCUCAGAUGAUGUUUCUAAUCGCUGUUGGCAUGGUGUUAAUGACACGCUUAGUGUGCCUUCUAGUUUUUAUACCGACCAUAAUUACCACCGUCAUAUCACCGUUCAACCUGGCACUGAUGUCUUUGGAAACAUAUGUAGCUGUAUGUUUCCCUCUGAAGCACGCAAGCAUCGUCACGGUCCCCACCACAUAUGGGGCCAUAGCCGUGGUGUGGGCCAUCAGCCUUGCUAACAUGUUGGUCAAAGUUAUCAUGUUAAAGUUUCUUGAUGCCAGACCCUUUGGUCAGUUCAUGAGCAUGCUCUGCACUGAGACCAAUAUAUUCCAGUUGAAAAUAUUCUCAGAGUUUGAGAGCGGUUUUGUGUGUGCUCAGUUUGUGUCGGUGGGCCUGAUAAUUAUCCUUUCCUAUGUGGGAGUGAUGGUGGCGGCCAAGGCCGCCACUAUUGACAAAGUGUCAGCCAAUAAGGCUUCCAAGACAGUCCUGUUGCACAUGAUUCAGAUGGGCCUGAGUCUGUCAUCUACCUUUGUAAACAUGAUAUUGACAGGCCUCCAUGGGAAAGUAGAUGUUAUCACUUUCAGGCAUCUUCGGUUUUCUCUGUUUGUUUGCCUCAUCAACCUCCCCAGGUGUCUUAGUUGUCUGAUUUACGGCUUGAGGGAUAAAAUGAUCAGACCAAUCUUAAUACGACACCUCAGAUUAGGAAUUAAUUUUAAAAUGUACAAUUUUCACACUCACGAUGUUAAUCGAUAAGCAAUCUUUCACCUUCAAGUAAUUUGCUGAAUAAUAUUUCAGAAUACAACAUCAAAUGUAUACUAUCAUACACUCAUUCAAUU